UCUCGACCCACAGAGUUCCCCUCUCUGGAGCUGAAGAGAAACCCGCUGCUGCAAACAGGGCUCAAGUGUGUGCGAGAAGGGGACCGAGAGCUCCGUGUGGAGAAGGAUGAUGACAGGGGUGUUCUGACGGGAACCAGCUGCCAAGUUAGGGGCUUCUCUAAACAGCCAUCGCUCCUCUUUUUUUGAAUGGAUCAACCUGCCAUGAAGCCAUGAAGCCCACGCUUACAUUCGGAGGAAUGUUGAUAUUGAUCCAUGCAACCUAAAAGAGUUCUAUGGACGUGCAAAUAUGAUAAAAAAAUAACACAGCCUGGACCUGAAUCAAGUCAGGACACCUCCCUUAUUUGCAGGCACAGGAGGUUGUGAUGCUUUUCAGGGGAAUAAGCAGAAUUCCUUGCCUCGCGCCUCGCCUGUGAUGAUGAUGGACUUACCUAGCCAGCACUUGCCCGUGGAGGUCAGCUGAAGACGACGCCACGCAGCUAAGUCUGGAUUAGCCGGCCGAACGAGUUUCAAUGCUCCUCCGUGUUCUAAGAUGAAGUUAUGGAAAGGUGCUACUUUUGCCUUCAUGCUCUUUGCUGCAGCCCUGUCCAUCCUCCUCAUUAGAAACAUGGCCACUAUUGGACAGUUCAAACCUAAGACAAAAUAUCCAUGCACAUCUACAUCAUCAUCAAGUCCGUCUUCAUCAUCAGAAUCAACAUCCAGAACCUCAUCUUCAUCAUUACCGUCAUCCUCAGCAGAAUCAGCAGCGGUGUCCCAGCAGAUGGGUGGUCCUCAUCGGAAAAUCCGCUCAGCAGACGACAUGAACUCUCUCCUCUCAGAGUUUUCCAUGAUGUUUCAGAGCUUUACGGAGGGCGAGCUUCAGCAUGUGGUUGGGACCUUACUCGACAGGAAGAGGAGGAAGAGAAGGAAGAGCCAGCGCCUUGAUGAGAACCAGGCCCGAAGGACUAAAAGAGCCCGGAGGCCAAAGCCCUGCUCUCUGAGGGAGCUGGAGCUCACCGUGAGUGAACUGGGUCUGGGCUACGAGAGCGACGAGACAGUGCUGCUGCGCUACUGCAGUGGCAAAUGCACGGCUCACCGGCACAACUACGACAUCACCAUGGAGCACAUGUUGCGGACCGGCUUCAGGAAGAAGGGGCGCAAGGACAAGGUUAGCAACGGGCCCUGCUGCCGGCCGACCGCAUUCGAAAGCGGCUUUUCCUUCCUGGACAAUAAGAGCCGCUAUCACACAAUACAGAAUGUGUCGGCAAAGAAUUGCGGGUGCGUAUGACCCAGAAAAACUGACUUAUUAUUUCAUCAUGCUGCUCUCAGCCUCUGUUUGAAGAGUUGAACGAGGAUGCUGUUAAAAGACAAACAAAGAAAAACUAUGGAAUAUAAACUCAAGGAGAGGAGGAAAGGAUGGGAAUUUGUUUAUGGCUGCUCUAUGGCGGCCAUUUUUGGCUUUUUUUU